AUGUUCGGCUCUUUCUGUGGCCCUUGUGCUUCCCACAGUGAUGUGAGCGGCAACAGCCUGUAUGGUAUGGGCGCAUCAACCGCGACUUCAAGGGCAUGGUGGCGAUCAGCGGCGCACCAAUCUAACCUCCAUGUGCCGCCCCCCCCACUUCUUCCCACAGUGAUUGAUGUGAGCGGCAACAGCCUGUAUGGACGCAUCAACCGCGAUUUCAAGGGCAUGGUGGCGAACAGCGGCGCCCUCGUCAACCUGGCUCGCAACUUCUUCUUUGGGGAAGCCGUGCUCUUUGCUGCUGGCUGCAAGGUCUGCCCCACCGAGGUCAGCGAGCCCAACAGCCUCGGCCUCAAAGCCACCUCCAACUGGCGAGUCUCUGACGGCAAUUGCAACAAUGCACUACCCUCUUACCUACUACAAGACUACGCCGUGACAGGGGCCGGGCUGAAGCUGAGGGUGAGUCUGUCGGGCAACUGCCUGACGCUCAGCCCAAGCACGGAGUGCUCGGUCAACGCCACCCAGCGCAGCACGGCAGCCUGCCAGGCGUUCUGCAGCAUCACGGACAACGGCCCGUGUGACGGCCAUGGGGUGUGUGUGCCGGCUGACCCUACCUCUGCAGCAGCAUCGCGGACAGCCUCCCCCUCCAACUUCACGUGCCUCUGCGAUGCCGGCUACUCCACUCUCAACUCAGGCAACGGCUCCACAUGCGCCAUUGUCAACUCCACCACCACCACUGAGAAGUGGGAGGGGUUGGAUGUGUGUGAGCAGUUCUCGCUGCAGCAGAUGCUUAAGGCCACCAACAACUGGUCGGACGACAAUGUGCUGGGCAAGGGAGGCUUCGGCAUUGUCUACAAAGGCCGCUCGUCACAUGGCCAGCUGUGGGCCAUCAAGCGCUCCACCAUCAUGACCAACGACUUUGAAACGGAGGUGCGAACCAUGGCGUCUCUCCACCACACACACCUCGUGCGCCUGCUGGGCUUCUGCCUGGACCAGAACGUGGAGACGGGCAAGCAGGAGCAGAUUCUGGUGUACGAGUUUAUAGGCAACCGGGACCUAGAGUACCAUAUCCAUGCAACCAAGCCCAACAUCCUUGUGUCUGCCGACAUGCAAGCCAAGGUGGCUGACUUUGGGCUGCUCAAACGCCUCACUCACGGCGAUGCUGAUGCCACGCGAGUGGCCGGCACUCCGGGAUAUGCAAUGAAGAGGGUGGAGGCGUAUGAUCUGGAGGAGCUGAGGGACAGCAAGAUGCCAGCGGUUAGUGAGGAGGCAAUAGUCGACUUUGCAGACCUGGCUUUGGACUGCAUCAAGUCUCCUGGCACACGGCGACCCACCAUGAAGGAUGUGGCAUGCCGCCUCAGCGCCCUCAUUGCCAAGCACUGUCCCGACAGGGAGGACGAGUGGGAGAGUGUUGCGAAGGAAGAGAGUGAAGGCAACGAGGGUAUAUCUUCAAGGGAUGUUUCUGCUGCGUCGUUUGAGAGCAGUGGGAGGGAGGCUGAAAAGUCUCAUGGCUCACAUUCUAAUGUGAGCUCGUUCAUGCGUGUUGGCUCGAUAGCCAAGCCAAGUGAAAUCUACGAUGCUGCCACUGCGACCCUCACAGUCGAUCGAGGACUGCGCGUUCCAGUCUGGCUGGUGGGCACUCCCCGUUCCUUGCGCUAA